GCUUUCCAAGGCAUCCAGUUCACUCAUUACUUGCCCACUUCCAGUCACUCUUUUAUUUUAAUUAUUUAAUCUAUUCAUUCAUUCACUCACCUAUACGCUCUUUCGAGUCCUUAAAUAGUUUUAUCGUCUAUCGCAAUCUAGAAUCCUAGAGUACGGAAUCCAUUUCAUAACGAGGAAAGGAAGAAGAGAAGACUGAUCAAAAGAAGAAAUGCGCAUGCUCCUGUCCCUGAUCGGCCUCUGUGCCGCUGUCGUCUCCGCGAUCGACAUCACGGCGCCCAUCCUCAACUCCACCUACGCCGCCGGGUCGGAUCUCACCGUCGAAUGGACCACGGUCGACACCGACCCGUCCGACUUCAGCAUCUACCUCGUCAACUUUGUCUACUGGCCGCCCUCGUACGUCGCCCUGUCUCUGAACGUGCCUACUGCCGACCUGGCCGCCACCGUCCAGAUCCCCUGCGAGAUCGCCCCGGAAUGGGGAUACCAGAUCAACGCCAUCAACGGCACAAACGUCUACAUCAUCUACGCCCAGAGCGAUAAGUUCUACGUCUCCCAGGAACUGGACGCCAGCACCUGCGUCGAUAAUUCUACCGUUGCUACCACCUGCGCGGCCGCGUCCACUGUCUACGUCACGUUAUAGUACUAUAAGAGAGGUAUCUAUCACUCGACAGAGGUGUAUGACUAUGAAGUAUGACUGAAGUAUGAUUUAUCGACUAUUCUUCUAAUACACCUUGAGAAUUAUAAGUAAUAAACAGAUUUCCCAUGAACCGUUACAAGUACUUUCAACAAAAUAAGAAACAGAGUAGAAC